AUGUCAACACCAAUUGAAGGAUCGGAAGUUGAUGGGCAUCAAUUCUCAGUGUUCCGAAUAUGCGUGUUGGAAGGAAGAUGGGAUUAUGCUUUUCCGGCCUAUAAAAAUAAUAGUGUGUUUCACAAAAUAAAAAUAAAUGAAAGUAGAGGAACUGCACUACACAUGGCUGUGAAUGAUGGAAAAGCUGAACUUGUCAAUAGGCUUGUAAAUGUAAUCAUAGAACAUGAAGGAAGGGAAGGAUUGAAGAGUGAUAGUGCAUUAAAAUCAACCAAUGAGAGAGGGGACACACCUUUGCAUCUUGCUGCCUCAAGAGGGUUCAUUGGUAUGUGUAAAUGCAUCAUAGGGGAACAUGGAGAAAGAAAGGAUUUGGUUAAGGUUAUGAACAAUAAGGGUGAGACACCUUUAUUUAGGGCUGUGCUCACUUGCCAAACACAAACCUUUGUGUAUCUUCAUCAUGUCUCCAAAGAUAUAGAUGUUUCACUUAGAAACAGUGAUGGUGAUACCAUCCUUCACCGUGCCAUUUGGAGAGAAUUCUUGGAUUUGGCACUUACAAUAACCCAUUGCUAUCCUGGACUUAUGGACACGCGUAACAAAGACGGAGUCACCCCUCUCAAAGUUCUUGCGCAUAAGCCUUCGGCCUUCAAGAGUGGAUUAAAUCUCUCAUUGUGGAAGCGAAUUCUAUAUUAUUUCACAAUACCGUUCGAUUAUGAAGCAAAGAAAUCAGCACAUAUCUAUAUUAAACAGAAGCAUAAUAAAUCUGUUCGAUUUGUAAGGAGCACUAUUUGGUUUGUGUUCAGAGUUCUUAGCCUCUCAGGAUUGGAUGUCACUGCAAAGGCGGAUUUGGCUAGCACAAUACAGGGGCCACAGGAAAAUAUCAAAAGGGAAUUCGCAUUAAAAAAUGAGAAAAAAGAGACACUUGUGGGUGAAACAAAAGCUGGCAGAGUUGACAUUGUUAAUGAGCUUCAAACUGAAGUGCCAAGUGCCCAACAUGACACUAGCCCUAACAAGGAUAGCACAGUGCGUGUGGCGUUGAAGAACAUCAAUUACAAAUCAGUUGAAAGUGUUGACAAAUAUGAGACAGCAUUUUUGGCUGCAGCAAAAAAUGGCAUAGUGGAAAUUGUGUUUGCACUUCAAUCUGCAAUACCAAGUGCCAUCCAUGAAACUAACUCCAACAAUGAAAAUGUGUUGCUUGUGGCGGUAAAGAAUAGGCAAAUCAAUGUUGUUGAGGUGUUGCGGAAGGGUUUAGAUAAGGAACUCUUUGAUAGCCUAAUUUUCGAAGUGGAUAACAGCGAGAACACUGUGUUACACUUGGCAGCAGGCACAACCAGCAACAUUGAAAGAACUUGGCAAAUAGCUGAUUUUCCAAUGCAAAUGACUUGGGAUAUCAAGUGGUAUCAGUACAUCGAACAACUGGUGCCAUUGCAUUUUAAACUUAGAACCAACAAAGAUGGUAAAAUUGCAGAGGAAAUCUUCGAGGAAAAACAUGAAGAACUUGUUAACAAGAGUGCUGCGUGGAUAAAGGAUAUAACCGAAUCUUACUUAGCUGUCACAGUGCUCAUUGCUGGUGUUGCCUUUGCAACAUCUAGCAAUGUCCAAGGAGACAACAAAGAUACAGGUAAGAUUGGAAUGGAGAGGCAACAGCUGAUUUCGGAUGCAUUUUCUAUUGCUUCUCUAAUGGGACUUUCCUUAUCCGUCACUGCACUGCUUCUGUUUCUUUCAGUACACAAUUCACGAAAACAAGCAAACAACUAUCGCCUGAAGUUACCAAUCAGUCUCCUUUUGGGGUUGAGUUUCCUCUUCGUAUCAAUUGUUGCAAUGAUUGUUUCUUUUAGCGCUGCCCAUUUCUUUGCGCUUAAAGACAAAUACAAGCUUACCUUGUUGCCUGCUUAUGUAGCUGCUUCCUUGCCUGUGGCUCUCUUUACCAUGGCACAAGUUCCAUUUUAUCUUGCACUUUUCCGGGAAUGUCUUCGCCGACUUCCAUAG